UGCAACAAACAAACUUGACAUCAUUUCCGUGAACAUACAAGGGAAGAGACAAGAGAGCAGAAUCUCUCUCUCCUUUUGUCUUUUAGAAUGAAGUCUCUUGCAGGGAUUAUACUUAUCUUUCUGACUGUCAGUUUGGCCAUUGCCGGCCACGUCUAUGAAGAUGACACAAUAUGUUCUGCUAGUGGAAGACAUCACAGAUCCUAUGAUGGUAGAAUAGUCGACAUAAAGAAAUCAAGAGAGCUAGGGGCAAGACUCUUGGCAGGAAGCAGCGCCUCUAGUUACCCAGACUGCCUGGAGAGCUGUUGCUAUGAUGAUAGCUGUGACAUGGCCUUGUUUAGGAGCCAGGAUACUUACAAUAGCGAUGGCAGCACUAAACACAAUUGCUACCUCAUUCAGUGUAAGGAGAAGAGCAACUGUAUCAUGGCACACCACAGUCAGUUCACUGCUACGUACUUUGAAAAAAAUGAAGAGCAGCCUGUCAUCCCUGAAAAGGCAACAACAAAAGUGGAAUCAACCAGUACAUUAUACUCCUUGCCGGCUCGUACUCAAUCGAAAUCAGUUUCAAGAGCCUCUGUAACAAUAACUCGUGUUAGGCCUACUCCAUCAUCAUCUUCAACUUCAAGCUCUGCCGUUAUACACAGAAGCAGUGUAAUACCUUCACCUGGGGCUAUGCUUACUAAUCCACCCAGUACUACUCAAACCAGUAUAGACGGGGUAAUGCAGCCAAGCCCAGCGCCAUCAGUUACUACAGGAAGCAGCACUAUUGAUGGGACUGUAGAGACUGGUAGUCCAAAUGAGCAGCCACAUAAUGCAGUGGAUGGGAAUGAAGAGGAACACUUGCCUGCUUGUGCUGGCAGUGAUUGUGGUAGUUCCAGUGGUAGUGGUCUCAUCAUAGGUCUAGUGAUGGGGUCUGCUUUCUUCCUACUAGUAGUACUGACUGUUGCUGCAGUUAUACACAGACUCCAUUCAAACAGAAAGAAGAAACACUAUCACAAUGUGGACUACCUUAUCAAUGGUAUGUACUCUUGAUCACAUGAAGGACACAUGAUGAUAAAACACACUCUCUUUCAAUACAUGCAAUGUACUAUCAAUCAUUCCUCAUUCAUUUUUCAUUCAUCUUCAGAAUAAUUACUAUCAAAAUCUUCAUUAUUAUUAUUAUUUCCAGUAAUAUUGCGGUCAUAAUUAUAAUUUUUCCUUUAACUUUCGAAUAAAUAAACAUC